AUGGCUCUCAUGGCCACACCCAAUUCUUUGAUUUUCGACGCAAAGGGAGGAAAAGCGCAGUAUACACUAAUUAAUUCAAGUCAAACAAAUCUUGUUUACAAACUUAAAUGUAACAACUAUGUCAAUUACAAAUUCAGCAUGAUGGAGGGUUACAUCGGCGCAGGGGACAAGCAGAACAUUGAAAUCACGCGUACAAAGGGGCCUCCCGGAAAGGAUCUUUUCUUCCUGCACUAUGCAGUUGCACCGGAAGGUUCUAAGAAUCCACAAGAAGUGUGCACCUACGUGAAACCUAUUGCAACAAUAUUUGUGGACAUGUACGCUUAUUUGUGA